GCAGGGAGAGAGCGGAGAGCGGGAGGAGGCGAGGCCCGUGCUUCAGCGGACGCCGCACCCGGCUGGAGGCCCUGGACGCCGCUCCCCAAGCCCCACCACACCAUGGCCCCGAAGCUGCUGCUUUUCCUCUGCCUGUUCUCGGGCUUGCACGCGCGGUCCAGAAAGGUGGAGGAGGAUGAAUAUGAAGAUUCAUCAUCAAACCAAAAGUGGGUCUUGGCUCCAAAAUCCCAAGACACUGAUGUGACUCUUAUUCUCAACAAAUUGCUAAGAGAAUAUGAUAAAAAGCUGAGGCCGGAUAUUGGAAUAAAACCGACUGUAAUUGACGUUGACAUCUAUGUUAACAGCAUUGGUCCUGUGUCAUCAAUAAACAUGGAAUAUCAAAUUGACAUAUUUUUUGCUCAGACCUGGACAGACAGUCGCCUUCGAUUCAACAGUACAAUGAAAAUACUCACACUGAACAGCAACAUGGUGGGAUUAAUAUGGAUUCCAGAUACAAUCUUCCGUAAUUCUAAAACUGCAGAAGCUCACUGGAUCACCACUCCCAAUCAGCUCCUCAGAAUUUGGAAUGAUGGGAAAAUCCUUUAUACUUUAAGGCUCACUAUAAAUGCAGAAUGCCAGCUGCAGCUGCACAACUUUCCCAUGGAUGAGCACUCCUGCCCGUUGAUUUUCUCCAGCUAUGGCUACCCCAAAGAAGAAAUGAUUUACAGAUGGAGAAAAAAUUCAGUUGAGGCAGCUGAUCAGAAAUCCUGGAGGCUUUAUCAGUUUGACUUCAUGGGCCUCAGAAACACAACAGAAAUUGUAACAACAUCUGCAGGUGAUUAUGUUGUCAUGACCAUAUAUUUUGAGUUGAGUAGAAGAAUGGGAUACUUCACUAUUCAAACAUACAUUCCCUGUAUAUUGACUGUGGUUUUAUCCUGGGUGUCAUUUUGGAUAAAAAAAGAUGCUACACCAGCAAGAACAGCAUUAGGCAUCACCACAGUGCUGACCAUGACCACGCUCAGCACGAUUGCCAGAAAUUCCUUGCCCCGUGUGUCCUAUGUGACUGCCAUGGACCUCUUUGUGACAGUUUGCUUCUUAUUUGUCUUUGCUGCUCUGAUGGAGUAUGCCACCCUCAACUACUAUUCAAGUUGUAGAAAACCAACUACCACUAAGAAGAAAACAUCGUUGUUACAUCCAGAUUCCUCAAGAUGGAUUCAUGAGCGAAUAAGCCUACAAGCCCCCUCCGUAUGUAUAGCAGUGAAGAACUAUUCUCUCCUCGACAUGAGGCCACCACCACCUGCAAUGAUCACUUUAAACAAUUCUGUCUACUGGCAGGAAUUUGAAGAUACCUGUGUCUAUGAGUGUCUGGAUGGCAAAGACUGUCAGAGCUUCUUCUGCUGCUAUGAAGAAUGCAAAUCAGGAUCUUGGAGGAAAGGGCGUAUCCACAUAGACAUCUUGGAGCUGGACUCAUAUUCCCGGGUCUUUUUCCCCACAUCGUUCCUGCUCUUCAACUUGGUCUAUUGGGUUGGAUACCUGUAUCUCUAAACGUUGCUGUAGUGAUGAGUGAAGAGCACUAGGUUUCCCUCUUUACCUUUCACCCUCCCCAGACCAGUAGUGACCAACUGGAGUAAGAAGGAAGGACACUGCUCAGUUUAUCUGAAGUUAUACAUUACCUAUGAGCAGUAGAGGAGUACGUGGCAAAUAUUUCUAUUAUGUAUUUCACACUCACACACAUGCGUGCUCACACACACACACA